AUCUAAUCUAAGCCCACCUGUUGGGCUUCGAUGAUGGCAGUUAGAAUCCCAUAUAUGCUGCCCUUGCUCUGUGUUCAUCAUAAGCAGCCUUCAAACUGCAGGGUCCUCAUGCUUGGCUCACAACAUCAUCCACCCAUUCAAAUCAAAUCCAACAUCAAGCUCCAAAAGGUUUUUGAAGAUGAAUCAAGCGGUGUAGUGUGCUACAAAGAUGAGAAAGGGGAGAUAAUAUGUGAAGGAUAUGAUGAAGGUCCUAGGCUCGAUCAACAACAAACCUGUACUACUUCUUCUCAUCCAAGAGACGGAGAAGCCAUUGUUUGUCUUCUUAAAAGAAGUUUGCUUCUAGUUACGGAAGAAGGUGCUGGUAAAGUCAGCUAGUCAGUCAUGGUUGACAAAGACAAACCAUGUCACACCAAUUUAUGUUCACCUGCUCUAACAUCUUUCCAUUUCAACAUCCAACUAUGUAUGUAUAUACUUGUAGUAUCAACUGCCUUUUUUCUGUCUGUUUAAAAAAAAAUCAAAUCAUCCGUAGUUGAAGCUUACUUUGGUGGAUGUAUACAUGGUUUGUGUAUAAAUAGGAAAACUAUAUAGGAUUCAUGACUUCUCUACCUUUUUAA